CUCUCAUCCCCUCCCCUUCUCUCUCACUCAGGCAUACAUACACUUUCAUGCAGAGACUGGAGGACAAUUUUUUCCCCCUCGCCCAGGUCGUUUUAAACCGUUCUAGUGAAGCGUUUAUCAUGCUAAUGUCUCUUGGUUUACUGCUAUUUCAACAGCCUAACAAAAUUUGAAGCCUGUCAUUUUAAUUAAGUCGUCGCUUGACUGCGUAUAUAUAUAUAUAUAUAUUAUUUUUUUUCCAAUACAUGCUCUUUUAGGAGGAUAUAUAGUCGCAUCCAGUCUGAAAAACUGCAGGAAGCUCUUCAUACGGAAGACAGGAUUUGUGUUUCGAGGCUUUAGUCGCCUGAGGCGCUUUCGCUCUCUCUCUCUCUGCAUCCUUGGUGACGACAGUCUGUUUUAUUAAGCACCUGCCAGCAAAAUGUCUGCCCCAGAUGCCAAUGCAAGCCCUGGAGCCCCAGAGGGUGAAGGGGGCCCACCCGCCCCACCCAACCUCACCAGCAACCGUCGUCUCCAGCAGACACAGGCCCAAGUGGAUGAGGUGGUUGAUAUCAUGCGUGUGAAUGUGGACAAGGUUCUGGAAAGAGAUCAGAAGCUAUCAGAACUGGACGACCGGGCAGACGCGCUGCAGGCCGGAGCAUCGCAGUUUGAGAGCAGCGCUGCUAAACUGAAAAACAAGUACUGGUGGAAGAAUAUGAAGGUGCGAUUUGACUGUAGAUGCUGGGUUGGGUUUAUUUACAUCUAGAAUCCUUGUUCUCAGGUCCUAUUUUAUUUCA